GGGCCGAGCCGGGAGUGUCAUGGCGGCGCCGCUGAGAGACCGGUUGAGUUUCCUGAGCCGGCUGCCGCUGCUGCUGAGGGGAACGGCGGACGACGACCAGCCCUGCCCCGGGUACCUGUUGGAGGAGAUCGGCAAGAUCUCCCACGAGUCGCCUGGCAGCAGCCAGUGCCUGCUGGAGUAUCUGCUGAGCCGGCUGCAGAGCAGCUCCUGCCACGUCAAGCUGAAGGUGCUGAAGAUCCUGCUGCACACAUGCACACAGGGCUCCCCACAGUUCGUCCUGCAGCUGAAGAGGAACGCCUGCUUCAUCCGGGAGGCAGCAGUGUUCAGUGGGCCCCCAGACCCCCUCCAUGGCAACAGCUUGAACCAGAAGGUGCGUGCGGCCGCGCAGGACUUGGCCAGCGUUCUCUUCUCGGAUGUGCCACUGCCUCAUCCCACCGUGCCACCAGCCCGGCCCCUGCCCCCUGCCGGAAUGGGCUCCAGCCCCAGCCCCUGCAGCUCCCUGCAAGGCUUCGGCUUCAGCAGUGAGAAAAGCAGCUCUGCUUCCACGGGGGAGGUCCUGCUCAGCACCAUCCAGCGAGCAGCCGAGGCCGUGGCCCAGGCCGUGCUGCCCUGCCCGGAGGGACCUCGGCCCUGCCCAGGGGGGCUCCAGGAAGACACCUACGAGCCCGUGAGAGCCCCCUCACCCGCCCCCAGCCCGCCCGGCGCCGCGGAGCCCCCGGCACCCACCGCAGCACACGGCACCCGAGUGAGGCACCGGCCGGGGCUGGCCGGGGGCGGCUGGGAGGAGGCGGACAGCGGGCACAGCUCCCGCGACUCCUCGCAGGGCAACGGCCGGACCUGCGACUCCUGCAGCAAAUCCGGCAGCGACGGCCACUCCGGGGCCAGCCGGGAGCUGCCCCAGGCGCCUGAGAGGGUGGACGCUGACAGCCCGGGUGACUGCGUGCGGGAGCUGAGCCUGGUGGCAGCGCUGACCCAUGGGGCCAGAGUCUUCCUCACCAGGGAGGAAGCACAGCACUUUGUCAAGGAGUGUGGGCUGCUGAACUGCGAGGUGGUGCUGGAGCUGCUCAGCCGUGCGCUGCAGGACCCGAGCGACAGCGUCCGCAUGAGGUCCAUGUGUGCCAUCUCCUCCCUCAUGUGCUCCGACCUGCUCUCCCUGGAUCACAUCUUUGCCGUGACUCGGCAGCACCUGCAGCAGCUCAGCCAAGGCAGCCCCGGCCCCGUCGCCAACCGAGCCACAAAGAUCCUGCGGCAGUUCGAGGCUCUGUGCAGAGACCAGAAGGGCGCCCGCCCGGGCUCCGACGCCUCGGUGCUCAGCGUGGGCUCAGCGCCGUGCCCCGGGGACCUGCUGACGGCCACGCCGCUGCUGGCAGGCCAGAGCGUCCUCAGCCCCCUCAGCCCCGCGCCUCAGCCCCCGGCCGCCGGCCACGAGCGCGGGCUGGAAGCCGAGCGGCACGGGCAGCCCGGGGCCGCGGUGCCGGCCCGUCCCUGCGAGCGGGAGCGGGUGAGCGGGCUGGCACAGGGCGCGGCGGCCGCCCCUGCCCUCUCCCUCUUCGCCGGGAUGGAGCUGGUGGCCCGUCCUGGCGCAGGGCUCUGCCCAGACCCCCCGCCGGCAGAGCCACGGACACAGUCGCGGCCCCAGGACACACGGACGGGCGCAGAGGGCAGUUGGCAGCCGUCUGCCUUUGCCUUCCUCAACCUGUAGCUGCCGAUUGGGCUCCCGGGGGGCUGCAGGGGCUCUGCCUUCCCUCCCUCCCCACGGGGUCUUACUGCACUGGAGCCCCCCGGGGCUCAGCUGCUGCUGCAUGGUGCUGGGCAGGGAUGGGGACCCCGGUCCCCUGUUGGAAGACAAAGGAGCGGCUCUGCAGCGUGUGGGGUGAGGAAGGGGGGCGAUGUGGGGACACGGGGUGUGACAGGGCAGCGGGAGCUUUGCAAAGGUUGUAAUGUCCCUCUCCCUGUUUUGCUUCCCCAGGGCUGGGGGAAGCACAGGGUGACGUGGGCUGGAGGGCUGAGCUGAGCUGCGGGCGGUUUGGGGACUGUGGCGCAGCCGGGGGGCACUGGUGUGCAGCCCUCUGCCUCUGGCCCCAGCACCGUGGGGCUGAGGCGGGAACAGGCGCCGUCCCCUUGGGGCUGGGACCCCUCAAUAAACCCCACACGU